GAGGCACGGACGUGGCCACAGGGAGCUCAGGACUCAGGAGGAGCCAACUAACGGGGAGAGCCAGCCAGCCUGCAAUCUGGCAUCAUACCUCCCACUCCCACUACAGGACACACCUCCACCGACCUCGCCCUGCUUCGUUCUCCUUUUGAAGCAGUACUGCGGGCAGAGGCGACGAUUCGUUGAGAACUUUAUGGAGUUUUCUCAGCCGUAAUUGUCCAUUUUCUUGUCUUUUUAACUCGUCUUAUUAUAUCGAAACAUCAUCCUGAGCUGGUACAUUUGUCGCAUUAGUCCCUAAACUCCCCACCAUCACCAUCAUGGUGCGCCUUCGAGAGAUUCCACGAACGGCCGCCUUCGCCUGGUCACCGGGUGCUGGGAAGCCAAUUCUAGUCACCGGUACUCGUGCUGGAGCUGUCGAUGUCGAUUUCUCGGAUGAGAGCAAGCUCGAACUCUGGGAUCUUGCUCUGGAUGAUCAACAACAAGGUCUCGAACUACAACCUGUCGCUAGCAUCAGCACCGACGCUAGGUUUUACGAUGUUGCAUGGGGCCCUCCCAGCAAGGAUCACCCCAGGGGCAUCAUUGCUGGUGCCCUCGAGAACGGCUCCCUAGACCUUUGGGAUGCUGAGAAACUUAUUGCUGGAGAGUCUGAUGCUUUAAUUUCCCAAACAUCAAAACAUAGUGGCCCGAUCAAGACACUUGAAUUCAACCCCUUGAAGCCUCAAAUCCUGGCCACAGCUGGCGCCAAAGGGGAGCUCUUCAUCUACGAUGUCAACGAUAUUGCCAACCCCUUCCGACUAGGCAAUGCUGCUGCCCGAUCAGACGACAUCGAAUGCCUCGCAUGGAACCAAAAGGUCUCACACAUUCUCGCCACCGGUGGAAACGGUGGAUUUGUCACUGUUUGGGACCUGAAGACUAAAAAGGCUUCUCUAACACUCAACAACAAUCGAAAGGCUGUUAGUUCCAUUGCUUGGGACCCCAACAACUCGACGAAGCUCUUGACAGCUACCCCGGACGACAACUCCCCUGUCAUCCUUCUAUGGAACCUGCGAAACUCCAAUGCUCCCGAGAGAACGCUUCAAGGUCACGAGUCUGGUAUUCUAUCCCUGUCUUGGUGCCAGCAAGAUGCCGACCUCUUGUUGUCGUCAGGCAAGGAUAACCGUACCAUUGUGUGGAAUCCUAACACUGGCGAGCGGUAUGGCGAACUGCCAGAGGUGACGAACUGGACUUUCCUCACCCGGUUCAACCCUCACAACCCCAAUCUUUCGGCAACUGCCAGCUUCGACGGCAAGAUCACGGUGCAGACUCUCCAAAACACCAACCCUGAUACUACUAAGGCCGCGGCCGAGAAGAACCUUGACGAUGAGGACUUCUUCCGCGCUGCUCAGGACCAGCCUCAAGAUGCCUCUUGGUCAUUGGCCAAGGCUCCCAACUGGUUCGAGAGGCCCGUGGGUGCUUCAUUCGGCUUUGGUGGAAAGAUUGUCGUGUUCAAGCCCAAUGCUACUCAGCCCGGGCAAAAGCGUUCAUCGAAGAUCUUGAUCACUAACUUCUCCGUUGAUUCUGACAUUUCUACUGCUACCGAAAAAUUUCAAGAGGAUAUCGCAUCUGGCAAGAUCUCUGAAAUCUGUGCUGACCGGGUUGAGCAAGCCAAGACUGAUGAGGAAAAGGCUGAUUGGAAAGUGAUGGAGACUCUUGUCGGCGAGAACCCCCGUAGCAAAAUUGUCGAAUAUCUUGGCUUCACCAAGGACGACCUCACGAAUGGCAGUGCCGAGGAGGCAUCCGAAGUCCAAGAUGAUGAGGAAACCAAACCCUCAGAUGAGGACGUCGAAGAGAAGAAGAAGCGAGUCUCGAGCUUCUUUGAUGGUGCUGAGGGCGAUAGUGACGACUUCUUGUCCAAUCUCGCCGCUACGAAGGGUGCCAAGACUGAUAACCCUUUCCAUCUUUUCAGCGACUCUGAUACCGCAGUUGAAAAGAACAUCACCUCUGCUCUGAUGUUGGGUAACUUUUCCAAGGCAACUGAACUUUGCCUCAAGGAGGACCGUUUCGCCGACGCAUUCUUGAUCGCCAACUGUGGUGGUCAAGAACUUGUUGACAAGGUCCAGGCCGCGUAUCUGUCCCGCAAGAGCGGUAUGCCCAGUUACAUGCGUUUGCUUGGUUCUGUUAUAGCUAAGAACCUCUGGGAUGUGGUCUACAACGCCGAUUUGGAGAACUGGAAGGAGACCAUGGCUAUUAUUUGUACAUUUUCCGACCCUAAUGAGUUCUCUGACCUCUGCGAAGCGCUCGGCGACCGAAUCAACGAAGAGGGCGAUCGAAAGGACGCAUCUUUCUGCUACCUUGUUGGAUCAAAGCUCGAGAAGGUGGUGUCUAUCUGGGCUGACGAGUUUGACGAGGCUGAACAGGCUGGAUUGAAAGAGGAGUCUGAAGAUUCCACGUUCUCAGUUCAUGCUAGAACUCUGCAGAAUUUCAUCGAGAAGGUCACCGUCUUCCGUCACGCCACCAAAUUCCAGGAUAACGAGACAAGUUUGACCUCGGAUUGGAAGCUUUCCGUUCUGUACGACAAAUACACCGAGUACGCAGAUAUUCUGGCUGGUCACGGUCAGCUAGAGACCGCUCAGAAGUACCUCGAUCUCCUCCCUUCCAACUACCCCGCGGCGGAAUUGGCAAGGAACCGUGUGCGCCUUGCUACCAAGAAGCCUUCUGCUCAGCCCGCUUCACGAGUGCCAGCCUCAUCGAGCCGGACAUCGUCCAGGCUUCAGCCUGCUGUUGGCUACCAACCUCCUCAACCCGCACCUGUGGUUGGCACUGUGCCUGGCUCUGUUCCAGCUAACCCCUACAGCCAUAUUGCCCCAAGCCCGGCUGCUCCCCGAUCAACUGGGUCGCCAGCACAGCAAUAUCAACCCCCCUCAAAUCCUUAUCAACCACAGAACAGUUAUGCUCCUCCUGCGCAAACUGGAUAUGGAGCGCCCAGUGGUUAUCAGCCUCCUGCUCAGCCGGGUUACGGUGCUCCCGCCCCCCUGGCCCCCCCACCGAUGAGCGGUCCUCCUCGAAACACAACACCUUCAUCAAUGACACCUGCCGCCAAGAUGAAGAAUAUGGACAACUGGAAUGAUGUUCCUCUUGUCACCAAAGCCCCCCCGGCGCGCAGGACCACGCCCAGUGUCCAGCCUAUCACAUCUCCUUUCCCUGGCCAACAAGGCACAGGUGUACCUCCUCCACCUCCUGGCGCGUCUCCUUUUGGACAGCGAACUGGCUCGACUCCCCCUCCGCCACCACCCAAAGGAUCAGCGCCGCCUCGCGUUCAGUCACCUCUAGCAGCUCCUCCACAAAACUUCCAGGCUCCUCCCCCUCCUGCUGCCAGUAGCCAUAACCCAUACGCGCCCCCUCCUCCUGCUGCCGGCGCGAUCCCCCCACCAAUGCCCAAUGUCGUUCCUCGAACAGCAUCGCCGUACAAUGCUCCUCCAGCAGGAGGGCCCCCCACUAACCGAUAUGCUCCCACUCCUGCAGCACAGCAGCAGCAACAGUACAGCCAACCCCCAGGGUCUGUACCCCCUCCUGGAGCCACAAGCCGUCCUCCCCAGGCUGGGUCAUUUGGAGCUCCUCCUCAGCAGUCGACGCCUCAUAACCAGUAUGCUCCCUCUCCAUAUGGUGUCCCUCCUGCUCAACAAUCUGCACCUCCCACGGGGCCUCCUCCGACCGGACCUCCUCCCAUGGGCCGACCUGGACCUCCUGGUGGACCUCCCGCUGCUUCCUCUCCUAAGCCAACUCCUCCUCCUCCUCCCCAGGCGUCAGCCCCUCCCAGGGCCAGACAUCCUGCGGGUGACCGCUCGCAUAUCCCGCCUAAUGCCCAGCGUUUGGUGGACAUCCUAGACCAGGAUAUGCAACGAGUUGCAUCCAAGGCCCCUGCGACAUUUGCACCCCAAGUUAAGGAUACGCAGAAGCGACUUGGCUUGCUCUUUGACCACCUUAACAACGAGGAACUUGUCAAGCCUGAUACAAUUGAACAGCUUAACGAGCUUGCCAAUGCUAUUGAGGCCAGGAAUUACGAAGGUGCACACAGGCUUCAGGUUGAGCUUCAGAGAGACAAGACUGAGGAGUGCGGCAACUGGAUGGUCGGUGUCAAGCGAUUGAUUAGCAUGAGCAAGGCUACCCCGUGAGCAAGCUUCUUUUUAGUAUAAAAUGACUUAUUGUGCCUUGCUUAUGGAUCAUGUAUGGAGGGUAGGGAUGUGAUGUUGAAUAGCUUAGCGCGUGGUGUGCAUGGUUGGGGACGAAGUUUACAUGAAGACUCCCACGCCGAGGGUUUAGUAGAUAGAAAAAUAAAUGACGACGUUAUUGUGUGCCUGUCUAGUUCAUAAUACUGCCAUGAUUCUAAAACUCUGGU